CGGCAGCCCCGGCCGCGGAGCGGCUGCGCGGGAGGGGGUGGUGGCUGUGAGGCGGCGGCGGCCCGGGGGGCCCCGCGGCUUUGCCCGUGCUCGAGGGGCUGCACCCGGUCGCCAUUUCGCGCCCGCUCGGCUCUUCCGCGCAGCCUGGGCGCGAUUGCUCUGGUAGUGCCUGAGGGGUUCAGGCGCCUGCUGGAGCCAGGCUGUGAUAUGGGGAAAAAUCUUUGUAUAAGAAGACAGUAGAUACUUGGGAGGAUAAUAGAUGUUGAGGCAAUUCAGUAGUUAUGGCAAAGGAUAAGAAGAAAGAUGUCAAGAAGUCAGAAAGGUCUGUACGUCCUUCUAUCGCUGAACAAGGUGCCAGAACUGAGAGUAGUUCAACAAAGCUAACGGAUUUGCAGGAAGCACAGGCAAGCACAGCAGUAUCAGAUAAAGAACCAGAGGAGGUAGAAGAACGUCCAGUCCAAAAUGUUCCUCAAUACUAUGAGGAGCCUAUUCUUACUCAGCUUAUUGUAAAAAGCUAUGAAGGUGAAAAAGUCCAUGGAUUGUAUGAGGGUGAAGGUGUUGCAUAUUUUGAGGGAGGAAACACGUAUAAGGGGAUGUUUUCUGAAGGGUUUAUGCAUGGACAAGGGACUUACACAUGGGCUGAUGGAGUGAAGUAUGAGGGAACAUUUGUUAAGAAUGUGCAGAUGCUUAAUGGAUGCUAUACAUGGAAUGAUGGCAGCUAUUAUGAAGGAUCAAUCGAGAAUGGACUUAGGCAUGGAUUUGGCUUUUUCAGGAGCAGUACCCAUCCAGUUUCUUAUAUUGGUUACUGGUAUAAAGGCAAAAGACAUGGAAAGGGUACCGUUUAUUAUGAUCGGGAGCACACCUCUUGGUAUUCAGGUGACUGGCUAAAUAACGUCAAAGAAGGAUGGGGAAUGAGAUGCUAUAAGUCUGGCAAUACCUAUGAAGGUCAGUGGGAGAAAAAUGUACGUCAUGGAAGAGGAAGAAUGAGGUGGUUGACAGAUAAUCAAGAGUAUAUUGGACAGUGGGUGUAUGGCAUACAGCAUGGAUAUGGCACCCACAUAUGGUUUCUGAAGAGAAUGCCUGCAUCUCAGUACCCUUUAAGAAAUAAAUACAUAGGGAAUUUUGUAAAUGGGGAACGACAUGGACGUGGGAGGUUCAUCUAUGCCAGUGGAGCAGUGUAUGAUGGCGAAUGGGUUUGUAAUAAGAAGCAUGGCAAGGGCAAGUUUGUUUUCAAGAAUGGGAAUGUUUAUGAAGGAGAGUUUAUAGAUGAUAAUAUGGUAGGAUAUCCUGCUUUUCAAGUGGGUGCAAUGGAUGCACAAAAGUUGAAUGCCAUUUGCACAGGAAGUUGUUUUGGCACUGAAACCAUUGGAAUCAUUAACGACUCAGAAAAUCCUUCUACUCUGGGAUCAGAUAUUGAAUUAGAUAUAUCUUCACUGCUUGACUUGUUACCAGGGGAAGAGAAACAGGAAGAAACGAGACAAGUAGAAUUUGCUGUGUUGAGACAUAUUACAGAACUGAGAAGAGUUUACAGUUUCUACAGCGGCUUAGGCUGUGACGAUGCUCAUGACAACACCUUCCUUAUGACUAGGCUCCAAUUUUGGAGAUUUCUGAAGGACUGCCAACUUCAUCACUCCAACAUAACUCUCGCUGAAAUGGAUCGAAUAUUGAGUGGUGAUAAAACGCCACUUGAGGAGAUACAUUCUCCAUAUGAGACUUUACUCUUCAGAACAUUUUUAUCUCACCUUAUUCAUCUAGCAUUUCAUAUCUAUCAUAAGGAGCACAAGGACAAAGGUCCUUAUCUGAGUAAGUGUUUUGUAGAAAUGGUGUCCAGGAAUGUUAUUCCCACUGCAUGUCAUAUCCAGGGUAUCUUGUUUUCUGAACAACGUCGUACUGUUUUUGCCCUGUGCUACAUUGACAAAUGCUGGGAAAUAUACAGAGCCUUUUGUAGAUCAAAUACCAGACCUCCAUUUGAACCCACAAUGAAAAUGAGGCAGUUCCUUUGGAUGUGAACAGGAUUUUAACUUCUCAGCAAACAAUUAACUGCUUCGACUGUGGAAAUACUUGUCAAAGAUGGUCCAUCUCUACAUGACAGCAGUAGUAUCAACCUGGAACAGGAGUUGGUUUUUCUCGAAUUUGUUGAAGCUCUUCUCGAUUGUGCGCUGGUGUAUGUUACCAAUGAUAUGAUUAAAGAGCAGGUAGAUCAUGAUAAUCAGAAGAGAAGUAACUUCAGAGUUGAGGAUUUCUCCGAAACCACGAAUGUGUCUCUGUGUCCAGAAUAUUCUCUCUCCCAGCCACCGAGACCCUGUGAAGACCGAGGGCAGUCUCUGCAAGAAUUUCUAAUGGAUCCUGUCCUCUCAUUCCACACAAGUCAUGGAGAAGUCAAAGAUGUUCGGUCAUUGUCCAGCUGGGAUACAGACAAAGGACAAGAUCUCUGUCCAGCAAUGGAACUGACAGAUAAACUAGAAGCCAAAACUGUAAAAGAUGAGGAAUUUGGUCGGUGGAUGUAUCAGGUGCAAAUCUUUUUUAUAAACAACUUCUUUCCUGCCUACCAUCAUGAAAAAGCACUGAGGGAAAAAAUAAAAGAAAAUCAAAUACAGGAUGCUGAGUUAGCUGAGCUGAGAAAGAUGAAGGAUGAAGAGCUGGCAAAGCUUAUUGCUGAAAGAGAAGCAGAAGAGGCAAAAAGGCCGGAAGAGGCCACAGUUGAAAAAGGAUCUUUUGAGUCCAACAAUACAGCCAUUAAGGAGUUAGAGGAGCCUGUUCCACAGUUAGUAACCCCUCCAAAGGAAGAGGCAUCCAUUGUACCCCCUGUUGUUACCAAGGUGCCUGCUGGCGCAAAGAGAAAGAAGAAGUAAAUCUUCUGAUGAGGCCUGAAAUUUCAAGUAUGUAAGUAUUCUUUGAAGAAAAAAACAAACACUAAAAAACACCUGCAGUAGCAUUUAAAACACAAGUGAGAUAAAACUGCAUGGUAUGUUUUCACAGGGAAAUUAAACUUCAUGGCCAGCUGCUUUAAAUGAAGGGCCUUGGGAAAAAGAAUAUGUUAGUUAAAUGAGUGUAACCCUUUGCAUAAAGAAAACUAUUACAAAAGUCAGUAUUUGAUGAUUAACUAAAACUUCUAUCAUUGUUAAGCUGGUAUAGAAUUGAUAUCCCAUAUCACGAGUGUAUGCCCUAAGUAAAUGGUUUCUCCUUAAACCAUUGUCUAUUUGAUUGAAAUGCUUCAUAUAAGCAAGUAUUUUUGUGGUCCAGUCUGGAGUACACCUACGUUUAAGUAAGAAUUUGACAACAAAAAAGGUGAAUCAGGAUGAAGGAGAAGCUUUAAAAACAGGUCAACUUUGAACAAAUAAUUUUCUAGC